AUGGAUCCCAAAGAUUUUGGCAUCUCAACUUUGCCUCUUCAACAUGAGCCGUACGGACCAAUACUCCCAGAACGGCUGGCGGGUGCUAAUCGAGGCAAAGUUGCUGUUGUGACAGGGGCUGGUCGAGGCAUUGGCCAGGCAAUAGCAAUCGCACUAGCAAAUUCCGGGGCCCAUCUGGCCCUCCUAGACCUCAGCGUCGAAGGACAAGAGGAGACCAAAGCCGCAUGCCAGAAGUAUGCAGGCGUGCGAGUCGAAACUUACAAGUGCGACAUCACCGACGUAAAUGGCGUACGGGAGACAUUCGCCGCGCUAACCAAGACACUCGGGCCGGUGGAUAUCAUGGUGAACAACGCGGGCGUAUCGCAUGGCAAGCUCGCGUCGCAAGACCGCUUCGAGGAUUUCUGGCGGGCCAUCGAGAUCAACUUCAAAGGCACCAUGCUGUGUAUCUUCGAGGUGUUGCCGAGUAUGCGUGAGAGGAAGACCGGUGCAAUCAUUAACCUGGCUUCACGCGCUGCGACCAUCGACAUGCCGACGGGGUUGAGUUAUAAUUCGAGUAAAGCGGCAGUUGCACGGGCGACGUCCACGCUGCAGGAGGAGUUGGAGCUGGAAGGUCUCGGCGAGCAGAUUUGCACAUAUAGUUUGCAUCCGGGAGGUGUGUGGGGUGCUAUGGUUACAGGCGGCACAACACUCGAGGUUCAAAAGGAGAUUCGACAUAUUUUCAAAGACGGGCCUGAAUUGUGUGGCAAUACUGUGGCGUAUCUGGCAUCUGGACGGGCCAAAGAAUUGCGCGGGCACUAUUUCGAUUGUCGGCAUGAUAUUGAGCGGGUGUGCAGCUUUGGCCACAAGACUCUGAAGUCAAAUCGCCUGUAUAACCUGACGGUGAAGUUUUUGCCAGGCUAUGAGAACGAGCCUUGA